AUGUUUGAAAUAAACGAUCUAUUCGAUACAUUUAUAUUUCGUACAACAACCUUAACUGGUUUUCUAUUUUAUUGGUUACCAAUCAUAUGUAUUCUUUCACCGACUUAUUUAAGUCCAUUUACAUUUGUUGAUUCAACACAAGAAUUUAAAGCAUAUCGAAUGGCACAAUAUGAUUUAUAUGGUCAAGCAUACGGUAGUCGUCAAGCAUUUAUUUCAAGUGAAGUUCGUUUAUGGUCACAUACAAAUCUUAAUCGAAAAGCUGCAUUAAUACGUUUAGAAAAAUUAACUAUUGAACGUUUUCGUUCACUUAUAUCGAAAGGUAUCAAUAGUUUAUUUGUUGUUAUUCCACCAACAACUAUACCAUGGACAGCUGAACAAAAAACAGAUAUAUGUGAUUUAGAAACAAUAUUACUUGGUGAAAGUGUUCCAAUACCAGUUUAUUUUCUUCCUGAAACUCAACAAACAAAUGAGUUAUAUAAAUCAAUUGAAUCACGACGUGAUUCAACAAAAGAUUCAGCAUUAGCUGUUCUUUAUGAUAUGGUUACAGCUGAUGGUUAUCAAUUAUCAGUUACAACAGGCAAACAUAAUCAAAGAACAGAUAGUGUUUUAUAUAAUAUAAAUGGAAAAUUAGUUGGUCAUGGAAUUGAAGAACGUUUACCAAAAAUACUUUUUGUCGCACAUUAUGAUUCAAUUGGUUUAGCAAAUGGUUUAGCACAAGGUGCAGAUUCUAAUGCAAGUGGUGUUUUAAUUUUAUUAAAAUUAAUUCGUUUAUUUUCAAAAUUAUAUUCUAAACAAACAACAAGAGCUAAAUAUAAUUUACACUUUUUAUUUGCUGCUGGUGGUAAAUUAAAUUAUCAAGGAAGUAAAAAAUGGAUUGAUGAUUAUCAUGAUCAAAAACAACAACAACAACUUCCAAAUGAUGUUGACGUUGUUGUUUGUCUUGAUUCAUUGGGACAAUCAAAUCAACUCUAUAUGCAUGUUUCAAAACCACCAAAAGAUACACAAACAGUAAGAUUAUUAACCCUUUAA